AUCUAGUUUUCCUUUAUAAAUCCCUCAAGACACUUAUGAAGUUUCUUGUUCUGAUACCGUUGUACUGCAAUGAAGAAAAGGAGAAAGGUUACUUCACAUCUUGACGAGAAGAUCCAUCUAGGCUACCAUAAAGAUUCUUCGGAAGGAAAUGUUGCAGUGGAGUGUGAGCAAGUAACCUACACUCAUUCCACGGAAAGACCGGCUCCCGAAGCUCUUCGCUGUUACCAGGAACUUCCUCCCUCUCCGGAUCAGAGAAAACUUCUGAGUUCUUUGCAGUACAAUAAGAACUUGCUGAAGUAUUUAAAUGAUGAUAGGCAGAAGCAGCCGUCUUUCUGUGACUUACUUAUCAUAGUAGAAGGAAAAGAAUUUAGUGCGCACAAAGUCGUCGUUGCUGUUGGCAGUAGUUAUUUUCAUGCGUGUUUGAGCAAAAAUCCAAGCACGGAUGUUGUCACCCUGGAUCACGUAACUCACUCUGUUUUUCAGCAUUUGCUUGAAUUUCUUUACACAUCAGAAUUUUUUGUGUACAAAUAUGAAAUCCCACUUGUUUUAGAGGCUGCAAAAUUCCUGGAUAUUAUAGAUGCAGUUAAGCUGCUAAAUAACGAAAAUGUUGCCACUUUUCAGUCUGAGCUAACUGAAAAAUCAUCACCAGAAGAAACACUAAGUGAGUUAACUGGAAGACUGUCGAGUAAUCAUCAGUGUAAAUUCUGUAGUAGACAUUUUUGUUAUAAGAAGUCUUUAGAGAAUCAUUUGGCGAAAACCCAUAGAUCCCUUUUAUUAGGGAAAAAGCAUGGGUUAAAAAUGCUGGAGAGAAGUUUUUCCACAAGGAGAUCAAAACGGAAUCGGAAGUGCCCUGUUAAGUUUGAUGACACUAGUGAUGAUGAACAAGAAAGUGGUGAUGGGUCAGACAAUUUGAAUCAAGACAGUUUUGAUAAGGAAAAGUCAGAUAGAAAUGAUUCUGAGGAUCCCGGCAGUGAAUGUAAUGCUGAAGAGGAUGAGCUAGAGGAGGAAAUGUCAGAUGAAUACUCUGACAUUGAAGAGCACAGUGAAAAGGAUCCCCAUGAUGCAGAAGAGGAGCCUGAGGCUGGAGAUUCUGUCGGAAGCAUUCAUGAUGGAUUAACCCCUGUAGUCAUUCAGAACAGUAACAAAAAAAUAUUGCAGUGUCCCAAAUGCGAUAAGACAUUUGACCGCAUAGGAAAAUAUGAGAGCCACACACGUGUUCACACAGGUGAGAAGCCCUUUGAGUGUGAUAUUUGUCACCAGCGCUAUUCGACAAAGUCUAACCUAACUGUUCACAGAAAGAAGCACAGUAAUGAAACAGAAUUUCAUAAGAAGGAGCACAAGUGCCCUUAUUGUAAUAAACUUCAUGCAAGCAAGAAGACUUUAGCCAAGCAUGUUAAGAGAUUUCAUCCUGAAAAUGCACAAGAAUUUAUUUCCAUUAAGAAGACUAAGAGUGAAAGUUGGAAAUGUGAUAUUUGUAAGAAAUCUUUUACUCGAAGACCACACUUGGAGGAACAUAUGAUUCUCCAUUCUCAAGAUAAACCUUUUAAGUGUACCUAUUGUGAAGAACAUUUUAAAUCACGAUUUGCACGGUUAAAGCAUCAAGAGAAGUUCCAUCUGGGUCCUUUUCCAUGUGAUAUAUGCGGUCGCCAGUUUAACGACACUGGAAAUUUGAAACGCCAUAUAGAGUGUACCCAUGGUGGAAAGAGAAAAUGGACUUGCUUUAUCUGUGGGAAAUCAGUACGAGAAAGAACUACUUUGAAAGAACAUUUGAGAAUCCAUAGUGGAGAAAAGCCUCAUCUUUGUAGUAUUUGUGGGCAAAGUUUUCGUCAUGGAAGCUCAUACAGACUUCACUUACGAGUACAUCACGACGAUAAAAGAUAUGAGUGCGAUGAAUGUGGGAAAACGUUCAUUCGUCACGAUCACCUUACAAAGCAUAAGAAAAUACAUUCAGGUGAGAAGGCUCAUCAGUGUGAAGAAUGUGGAAAAUGCUUUGGUCGUAGGGAUCAUCUCACUGUCCAUUACAAAAGUGUACACCUUGGAGAGAAAGUGUGGCAAAAAUAUAAAGCAACCUUUCAUCAGUGUGAUGUUUGUAAGAAAAUUUUUAAAGGCAAAUCAAGUCUGGAAAUGCAUUUUCGGACACAUUCAGGCGAAAAACCAUACAAGUGUCAAAUUUGCAAUCAAUCUUUUAGAAUUAAGAAAACUUUAACAAAACACUUGGUCAUUCAUUCUGAUGCCCGGCCUUUCAACUGUCAGCACUGUAAUGCAACAUUUAAGCGGAAAGACAAGCUGAAAUACCACAUUGACCACGUUCAUGGCAUAAAGUCACCUGACGAUCCUCUCAGUGCUUCUGAGGAGAAGCUUGUAUCCUUGCCAGUAGAGUACUCAUCCGAUGAUAAAAUCUUUCAGACAGAAACAAAACAGUAUAUGGAGCAGCCCAAAGUUUACCCGUCAGAAGCCAAGACUAUAUUGCAGAGUGUGUCUGCUGAAGUGUGUGUCCCCGUAACGCUGGUUCCAGUCCAGAUGCCUGACACUCAGAGUGACCUGGUGCGUCACACCACUACUCUCCCUCCACCUUCUCACGAGAUCUUGUCGCCACAGCAGCCAUCCACUGAUUACCCACGAGCAGCUGACUUAGCUUUCCUGGAGAAAUACACUCUUACUCCUCAGCCUGCAAAUAUAGUUCAUCCAGUCCGACCUGAGCAAAUGCUAGAUCCUAGAGAACAGUCUUAUCUUGGAACGUUAUUGGGCCUUGAUAAUGCCACUGCUGUACAAAAUAUUUCUAAUCGUGAGCAUCAUUCAUGA